CUCUGUCUGUGUGUGUGUGUGUGUGCGUGCGUGCGUGCGUGCGUGCGCGUGUGUGUGUGUGUGUGUGUGUGUGUGUGUGUAAGAGAGUGUGUGACUAAGUGAGUGUUUGAAUGCGUCUGACAGAGGGGAGUAGCUAAGAGAGAGAGGAAGAAAGUCAAAGGCAGAAGGAAAGAGGGGCAGGAACGAGAAAGUCAGGGAGAAGCAGACCCAGUAAAUGGAGGGAUUUACUUGUCUGUGUUCAAACUGGAGUGAAAAGGAAGUGCCUUCCCUCAUGUCUGCUGCAGCUUUGACCUGCUUCUACAGCUGAAGCUCCACCCUCCGCCCCGCCUCGCUAGCUUGCUGCCGCAGUAACACGAGUACAAGGACAGCGGCUACACCCACCUCGCAGCCUACGCUCAGACCUGCUCAUCCAUCAUCAUCCACUUCUCACAGCCAAGCACCAGCCUCAGCUCUCCUUACCGGUAGACCCUCCACCAGCCGAACAGCCUUACCACAGCCGCCCAACACACAACCAGGCCCACGCAGCAUCGCACCCACCUUGCCUUUGACGUUCGUCUUCAGCCCUCUAAGCCUCCACUCGGUCUUCAGUGUCCUUAACUUUCCUGUAGCAGGCUACACCCAGACUAUCACCUCUGUUGCCUGCUUCACUGCACCUAACCAGAGGGCUCUCCGUUUGGCCCGCUCAUCUGUUUGCCUCCUUGGCCUGUGAAUGUUGUGAGGUCAGCAAGAGACACAGAGAGAGAAAAGUCAGGCAGAGCGCGGCAAUUUCAUUGCUAGGCGUCUCCUUGAUCUAAACACUUCAUCUGUGGCGGGUUGAUCCAAAAGAUUAUCCAAUCACAUUUGCCCUGCAACAUUUUGUGUUGGAAAAGUAGCCCUCUCAAUCAAUAGGAACGUUUCAUUUCAACAUCACAUACACAUAUCACAGACUUUAACAACCAAUACACACACACAAAAAAACUGAAGUAAAACACGAGGGGUACUUUAUUCACGCUUGAACAGAUUACAGUUCGGAAUAACUUUUGCCGCCAUGGCGAUGAACAUGGCACACAUGCGUGACACAAAGUGGCUGACACUUGAGGUAUGCAGGGAGUUCCAGAGGGGCACAUGCUCACGCUCGGACCAGGAGUGCAAGUUUGCUCAUCCGGCGAAGAGCUGUCAGGUGGACAACGGACGGGUCAUCGCUUGCUUCGACUCACUCAAGGGCCGUUGUUCCAGGGAGAACUGCAAGUACCUGCACCCUCCUGCCCACCUAAAGACCCAGCUGGAGAUCAAUGGCAGGAACAACUUGAUCCAGCAGAAGAAUAUGGCCAUGCUUGCCCAACAGAUGCAGCUCGCCAACGCCAUGAUGCCUGCCACGCAGCUACCACCUAUGGUGAGAGGACACACACGUAUGAACACACCACAGCUGCUGCCCACGCCCAUGUUCUCGAUGUCGCCAGGCAUGGCCUCCAACGCCAGUGCAGCAGCAGCUGCAGCCGCAGCCUUUAAUCCCUACCUGAGCCCUAUGUCACCAGGCCUGAUGCCCCAAGAGAUAAUGUCCAGCACCCCUGUCCUCAUGGCCUCCAGCCCCAACGUCAACCAAGGCCCCAACUCUGCCGCUGCUGCAGCCCAGAAACUGCUGAGAACAGAUAGACUCGAGGUGUGUCGGGAAUAUCAGAGGGGCAACUGCUCUCGAGGGGAGACCGACUGUCGCUUCGCCCACCCCUCAGACAGCACCAUGAUCGACAACAACGACAACACCGUCACCGUGUGCAUGGACUACAUCAAGGGUCGCUGCUCUCGGGAAAAGUGCAAGUACUUCCACCCGCCGGCCCAUCUGCAGGCCAAAAUUAAAGCUGCCCAGCACCAGGUGAACCAGGCCACAGCCGCCGCGGCCAUGACUCAGUCGGCUGUCAAAUCACUGAAGCGACCCCUCGACGCAACCUUUGACCUGGGCAUCGCCCCUAAUGUCAUGGCUCAAAUGCCCAAGCGGGCAGCCCUGGAGAAAGCCAACGGGGCCACUGCCAUGUUUAACACCAGCAUGCUCCAGUACCAACAGGCCCUGGCCAGCAUGCAGUUUCAGCAGCAGGCUGCUUUCCUCCCAUCAGGCUCAAUAUUGUGCAUGACACCUUCAGGCAGCGUUGUUCCCAUGAUGCACGGUGGUACUCCAGCCACUGCCGCCAACACAUCUGCCACAAACCCCUUCGCAACUGCCUCCACCAAUCAGGACUCUUCCUUAUCAAAGUUGACUACCAACGAAUACAUGCAAUUGAUUCCAAUAAUAUCUGCAGAUCAUCUGAGUAGUCACAAGUACUUGACUCAAAUGUAGUUCCUCUCGAGAACAAUCAAAUGAAUGUGUGCUGGCACCGUCCAAGCCAAAAGAGUUCAGCCUUUAUGUACAUAGCCUUCAGAAUGUCAAGCAUUGGGACAAGGAGGGUCUGCCAUCUCUUAGCCGCUCCACGACGAUGGUCUCAUCGCACGUGUUAACAUGAAAGGUGCAACACAUGAUCUGUGCCAUCUACCCACAUAUCAAUGUCAAGAAGAAUUUGUUGUCAAAUUCAACGUCCAGCGAGAGAAGAGGAUAUCUUGGUGCCGGGGUCGGUGUGUCUCUCAUUACACCCCUGUGUCUGACUAAAUCAAAGCACUCAAUUUGUUCUACCUAAUGUCAUUACCGUAUGCACAGAAGGUCAAAGGCACGGUUGCAUAAAAAAAGCAACAUCUAGUCCUGGUACGUUAGUAUACAAGAUUUUUCAUCCCUUUUUUAUUUUUAUUUUUAUUUGUUCUGCUCUAUUUUUUUAUAAUUGAUAGCCAUAUUUCAUAGUUUACAAGUAUAAUGCAAACAUGCACCUUGAAUUCCAAUUGAAAUCCGAAAGGCACAAUGGUUUAAACAGGAAUUUUAGUCGCCAAAAGAAUUAGGCAUGUACAGUAUUGUGUUUUUACGGCUACUUGUAAACGAGGGUCUUGGACGUAUGAAUGUUCUUGGUAAACCAACAUACCUGUGUACCUAGAAAGCACAGCCAGACUAGCUUCCUCACCUCGUCAUGUGUCAUCUUGGCCAUACAGCUAAAAACAGAGUGUUAUCUCAGCAGUGUUAUUUGUUUACCAAAGGUUAAAGUUUUGUAUGGCUCUUUUUGUAUCGUUUCGUUUUCCGAAUCUCCAUUGUGAGUGUUUUUUCCCUUUUUUUUACUUUUCAUUUCUCUAGUUAAUUCAUUUUAGAAGUGGGGUACCUGCCAAAUUUGUGUUUUGAUGUUUAAUGAUGUUUUUAACUUUGAUGUUUUGUCUUUUAAAAUCAAAAAUGUAGAUUUUUUUUUUUCAAAGUUGGUCAUGCCUCUUUUCUUAGACUAGUAUUGUUUUUGUGUGUUGGGAUUAAUUUGUUGCUCAAGUCUUUUGUUGACUCUAAAGCGUGGAGGGUGACAUUGUGUUACCUUGCUCCCCCUCUUUCAAAGAGGAGCGACUCUAAAGCUUCUCCAAGGAGCACUGUUGAGCCACGUACUGAUGGGAAUUUUUAAACAGCUGACAAAGAGCUCUACUAGGUCAUUUAAACCACAUGUGCACUUGAUUGAUUGUUUGUCUGGUCAGCCUGUUUUAAUUGUCACAACUCAUCCUAAGUGAACUUUGGCUUUUGAGGAAAUGCAACACAUUAUGGGUUUGCUUUUCCAAACAAAACAUGAAGGUUAUCAGUCACUUGUAGACCUGACAACAGAAACCAAAGCACAGUUUUACUCUCAAUCAUAUUCACAAAGGGUUACAGAAGCAUCUCUCGAGAGGCUUGGUUAAGGAACCAGGUUUAUCAUGUUCCAUUCAUCUGUCAAUUUUUAUGAUCGCAUCCCUUUUCUGUUUUCCCAGAGGUGUGUAGUAUGUCUUUACCGAUUGUAAUGUACCUAACAAAGCCUUAGAUUACAAUUACUGGGUCUCAGCCCAAUCACAUGUACUUUCAAUCACCAUGCAGGUAAAGAACACCAAUGAUGUUUUAUAGUUCUCUCACAUGUCGCUCAUGAUCUUUUUUUGUUCUUCCUCUCAAUGUAAAAGUAACAAUUACUCUCUUAAAUUUCAAUGAACUUCUGUGUUAUGUACUACUUAAGGAUUUGAAUCUAUUUGAGGUAUGUAGUUGUAGAUUUCUUUUUUCUUUUUUUGCCUUACUAUAUAUUACUUGACAACAUUGAUAUAGCCGUUGUAGAUUUUGAGAUAGUAUGACAUUCAUAACUUUUUCAAACCAUAUAAAUGAUAAUGUGUUGAGUCAGUUUUAAAUAUCCAUUUCAUCCAUAUAGCUGGAUGUCUUUUUCAGAUGUUACAUUAUCAGUUAAUUUUGUUGAUGAAAGACUUUUUUGAUACAAGGAAUGAGAUCAAUUAAUUGUCUGCUACUGCAGCAUCUCUGAGCAGACAACAAAAAAGAAAACUAAUCUUUUAACCAACUUAAAUUUUCCUUGUAACAUGUCGCGAUCAUGUUUGAAAAUAUAUUGUAUUGAAAAAUAGAUUGUCCAUGUUUUAGAGUAAAAAUUAUUUUCUACUGUAUCCAUUUCAAAAAGAUAUGUACUUAUGUUUGAAUAUUUCUUAAGUUUGCCCUGAAUGUCAGGCCAAAACGAGCAGUGAGAUUGACGGGUCUCUGGAUGUUUGGUGGAUGGUGAGAUUAGGGGCGAGAAGGCAAAGACCUUUCCCGACUGGAGAGGUCAGAAAUGCUGCAAAUGAUGAGUUCUAACCUAAGGGACGAAGGUUGACUUUUUGCACUUCUGUAUAUAGUCAAAUGAACAGAGAAAAAAAUGUGUAUCAUAUUGAGAUAUUAUUUUGAAUAAAAAAAGAUCUAUAAUUAUAAGGAAUUUUGUUAGAUUAAUUUAAAUUCUAAAAUUAGAAGACCAGCUAAAAACAAUUGCUUGCAAAGAAGGGCACUAGUUUCUUGGGCAAUGCAUUCAGAGAAAGCUAUGCGCUUUUUGUCUUAUUUUAUCAGUAGUAUUGCCAGGGAAUGUCAAAGGGGAAUAGAUUUCCCCAUGUCAUGCUAACUCCACCCCUCCUGUGGGAUGACAUAUCAAUAAUAUCCAUAUAUCAUUUGUUAGACUUGGUCAUGCAGUAUUGCUGCUCCCAUGGUACACUUGAUACAUAAAACUUUCAAAAAAGUGUAUUCUAUAAUAGUUUGAUUUGACUGCAUGUAAAAGUACACACACGUAAACAAAAUAAACUGAGUAGUUAUGUAAAGAAAGAUAACACAUUCAGAUUACAGAAUACACAGUAACAUGUAUUUGUUUCAAAGUAGAUAACAUCCACAGUGGGGAGAAAUAAUACUUUAAAAAAACAAGUCAUCUUUCUCUUGUGUGAUAAAAAAAAAUAUAUUUUCCAAGCAAACAUGUUAUUUAAAGAGAGAAAAAUAAAUAUAAAUAUUAGCACUCAUCCACCCCAGAUACAGAACGUUCUCAUAGCCGCAUAAUUACAGUCGACACUGACUCACAGGAAGUUGUUCCUGCUAUCAUAGCUGUGCACUCAGCAGGUGAAGGCUCAUCAUACCAAAUGCUUAUUUGGCAAGUUAGUCUUUGAAAUGAAUGUAACAGUCCCUGGUCAACGUGUUUCUGACUCGAGGCUGCUGACUUUAGUUGCUACAGAACCAAAGCACCAUUGUUUCUGCAAACCAGAUGUUCAGUCUCCUGGCUGGAUCCAUGGCUUCUCUUUCCCUGCUGGGGGCACGUGUACGCUUUGACUGCUUUUUACUUGUAAGUGCAACCAUCAAUUAUGUAUUUGCUAACAGUUGCCACACAAUAAUGUACUAUUCUGUCUUCAGAUCUGUUGAUGCACAUUUUGUUGUUGCCAUAAUUGACUCUGAAUCUGAAAUCUGAAUAAAACAAUAUUUGAUUUGCUCA